CAGACGUAUUAAUAAGAAGAAACACUAUAUUUUAAGGAACAGUUGAAGAUAUCAGAGAGGAAUGUGGAUGAAUCAAAAAGAGGCAUAAGGUGAAAAGGAAGAGCUUCAAGAAACAAAUAAAGAAUGGGCGCUAUGAAGUGGCUGGUGUUUUUGGUCUUUCUGAACAUAUAUUCACAGGCUGCAGCACAAUCAGGCAUCCAGGUGUCUGUGUUCUCCACCACAUCCAAGACCGUGAUUCUCAGAUGGAGCAGUUAUUCCGGUGCCGCUUCAUACAAAGUAUCUGCUGCCCUGUCAAGCUCACCCAACGAUCCCAUCGCUUUCGUCAUGUUUGGUCCAAAUACGGUGAUGGGCUCCAUCAGUUCCCUGUCCCAAGGUGUAGCCUACACCUUCACUGUUGAAGCAUUGAGUGCAAACCAGACUGUACUGAGCUCUGCAUCAACCAAAACAUCCACAGCGCCUGAUAUGAUGGAUCCCAUCAGYACCGUGAAGCCAAAGGACAGCAGGACCUUAAUGGUGGACUUCAACCCAAAGACGGGGGCGACCUCUUACGUCAUUCGGGUUGAAAACACUAAUGGCUUCUUCAGAGAGGAUUCGGCCUCCUCCUCCCCGGCUGAGAUCCAGAAUCUCGACCCGUACACCGAGUACCAGCUCAGCGUCAUGGCUGUGAACGAUGCCGGCCGGAGCCAGCCAUCGUCUCCUGUAGCCGCAAAAACACUGUUGCCACCUCCCCAGCUCUCCACCUCCUCUCCCAGUAACGACAGCAUCAUUGUGACUUGGCCUCCUGUUUCUGACGCGGUCCGUUACACCGUGUUUAUGUACAAGUUCGGCUCAAACACUCGGGAGAAGUACAACACGACCAACACCCAGCUGACCGUUCCUGGCCUGGAUGCUGGAUCCCUGUAUGUCAUCAGGAGUUUAGCUUGGGACCCGGAAGGCCGAGAGGGAGAGGCAAGUUUGUACGUCAACCAAACCACACGACCUCCGACUCCAACCUCUGUCAGYGUGUCAGUGGUGAGGAGUAACAGCGUGGCMAGACUCUCYGUGUCCUGGGAACUCAGCCAAGACGUUUAUGGAACCAUUGACUAUCAUGUGACAAGUGACCAGAACCUGAACUGUAACAGCACCUCCAGUUCCUGCACCCUGUCGCCGGUGGGCUGUGGAGAGGUCCACACCGUCCACGUCACGGCCUCAAACGAAGCCGGACCCAGCCCRCCAUCCAGCCCAGUGGUUUUUAUCACCUUCCCGUGUCCUCCAGAGUCUCUGACUCUCGUGGCGUCGUCAGAAGGAAACUGCACGCUGACGUGGAACACGGUACCUUACGCAGACGGCUAUGAGGCCUUUGUCAAAACAGGUGAUGGUGGUGAGGCAACCUGCAACUCCACCAGCAACAACUGCACAUAUCAGUGCCAGUGUGGCUACACCUACCUGAUGUCUGUGUUGGCGUACAACCUGGCUGGCAGCAGUCCUGARGGGACGAUUCUCAACUACACUACAGYCCCCUGCUGUCCAGAAAGCGUCUCUGUCUCUGCUGUGAGCGCCGACACGCUGGAGAUCACCUGGACCGCGUCGCGGGGAGCAGAGCUGUACCAGACCCGGGCGGCCGACAACUCGGAGGUCGUCCUCUGUAACGACACGGCUCCGGUGUGCGCCCUCUCCGACCUCASCUGCGACAGCUCCUACACCGUAUCGAUAACGCCUUGUAGUGAAAUCAGCGGGUGCAACCAUGCCUGUAAAUCCCACACCAAAGACACAGCUCCCUGCAUGCCUACAGACCUGGUUCUGGAUCCAAAGAACUCCUCCGUUGUCAGCGUCAGCUGGAAACCAAACAACAGGGCUGCGAAUUACACCGUGAGCGCAGAGAGUCACGGUGAAUACGUGCAAAACGGCGGACGAACCUGCACCACCAGCGGAAACGGCUGCGACAUCACCCAACUCCCCUGCGGCUCGAGCUACGAGUUCAGCGUCACGGCAACCGGCGGCGCUGGGCGGAGCUUACCCAGCUUCUCCACCUUCCUGGAGACAGACCCCUGCUGCCCGGUGAACCUGACCGUGGCCCAGGUGACUCAGGCCAUGUCCAACGUGUCGUGGUCUCACGCCAAGGCGGCGCAGUCCUUCGUCGCGUCCCUGACGUCGCCGCGCGGCCACGCCCGCUGCCACACCCAGGACUCCCACUGCCUCAUGGGAUGCAUCACCUGCGGGACGAACUACACCGUUACCGUGGAGACGUUCAGCGUCACAGGACGGGCGACCAACUGCACCUAUCGGGGAUUCUCCUCCAGCCCCUGCUGCCCGUCCGGCAUCAAGCUCUACACGUUGGCCAGUAACUCUCUGCGGGUCUACUGGCGCAGCACAGCCAGCAGCCGCAGCACCGCGGUGGAGAUGCUGGGCAGCAGCGGCAACUACACCUGCACCGCCUCGCCUGGGGAGAACAGCUGCGACGUGGAAAACAUCCAGUGUGGAGACGUUUAUCGGCUGGUCGCGGCGCCGCUCACAGCAGGGGGCAGCAGAGUCCCGUUCUGCCCCCACAGACUCUACUCGGUCACUUGUUUGGGAAGCAACAUCGGCACAGUGAUUUACAGAGGAAAAAGAAGCGUCGACUGAUUAACUCUGCAGACUCGAGUUUCUGGUGGAGAUCAACGCWCCUUUCUCCUGGAUGAUCUCUUCUUUUUCAACAGGCGUGACGUUUUUAUCACGAUUCAACACAAAGAAAUGACUCAUGUUUAGUUGUUUACAAUGUAACAUAGAAACUUAAUGGCCAAAUAAAACAACCAGCAAAAAUCAAACCGAAAUAAAUCAAGUUGAUUAAAAUAUUUUCAAUAAUGAAUGUUUAUAUUUUUUUGUAAAUGUGUUUUUUUUUUUAGUCGCCUCAGCCCAAGMAGGAAGCCUCCUGGCGUUGAAGCAGCAGAUACAGAUUUUUGACAUCCAGUCAUUUUUCAGUGCGCUGUUUCAGACUGUUAGGAUGAAUUCAUGUUUUAAAUGUGAAAAACUGAAAUAUCUUUCAGUUAUUAAACAUAUAAUCAGCAUCGA